GCCCUAAGCCAAUUUCUGAUUUAAAAGAUAGUCUAGUGUAAACAAGUAAUUGUAUAAAAACGGUGAUUUUUUAAUAUUAACACGUACAAAUAUGCCUCGACUACCUUUACACUGUUCAUCUGGGACAGGUGUUAUUACGCCAUUCAGUAAAGCAAUAAGAUUCGCUCGUUAUGGUUGCACUAAUAGACCGUUUUAUCAUAUCGUUGUGAUUGAUGUAAAAAAAGGAGAAAGAAAACCACCAAUAGAACAAGUUGGUGUAUAUGAUCCUAUUCCAAAUAUGCAUAAUGAAAAAUUAGUAUCCUUCAAUUUUGAAAGAAUACAAUAUUGGAUUGCCAAAGGAGCACAAAUGUCCACACCUGUUGCAGAUUUAUUAGGACUCGCUGGAUUUUUACCUAUUCAUCCAAGAACAUAUAUGAAAGCAUGGAGAAAUCGCAAGAACAUAUAUGAAAGCAUGGAGAAAUCGCAAGAACAUAUAUGAAAGCAUGGAGAAAUCGCAAGAACAUAUAUGAAAGCAUGGAGAAAUCGCAAGAACAUAUAUGAAAGCAUGGAGAAAUCGCAAGAACAUAUAUGAAAGCAUGGAGAAAUCGCAAGAACAUAUAUGAAAGCAUGGAGAAAUCGCAAGAACAUAUAUGAAAGCAUGGAGAAAUCGCAAGAACAUAUAUGAAAGCAUGGAGAAAUCGCAAGAACAUAUAUGAAAGCAUGGAGAAAUCGCAAGAACAUAUAUGAAAGCAUGGAGAAAUUGCAAAACUGUAGAAAAAUGUAAAGAAAGUAUGUGUUAAGAAUAAACAGUUGUAUUUUACGUAGUUAAGACAUAAUUGUUAUGUUAUGAACAUUUAUUUUGUACAAAUUUU